AUGGUGUACACUUCGUUGACUGAAGCCCCUCACAACCUCAAGGAGGCUAUUGAUUGGUUGUUGGCCGUGAAGGGAGAUGACGCUACAACGAACCUGACUGGUUUGGGUGCAGCAGUUCACAAAUUUCUCGCAAACAAGCCUAUCGGUAACGCGGUUGUGCCAGCUCUCGAGAAAGUCAAACUUAUUACAAAAGAGUUCGUGUGGAAGCAAAGAACACGAGGAUUGUGGUAUGUGGAUAGGAUGUUGAAGCGACUCGAGGAAAAACUGUGGAAAGGACGCGAAGAACUUGUUGAUGCCUUGGAGUAUGUCCGUGAAAGCGAUUACCAGAACAUCAUAUGGACCGAGGGCACUACGGCUGAAGCCGUGAUUGAAAAAUUAGGUGAAGUUGUGGAUGGCACUGAGAUGUUCUUGGAUGAUGUCAAAAUCCCUGAGCAGUACGAGUCUGCUUACAGUUCAGAGGCUACAUGGGAUGCGUCAUGCAAGGAGGACCCGAGAGCUUGUGCAAUGGUCUUCGUAGGAAUCGCACCAAUGCUAUACACAGGCCUGCGUUCUCUGAAAGAUUCAGCUGUUGCAGCUACCUGGCCUUCGUUUUUGAUGAAUAGUCCGGGGUUGGGGGAUAUGUUGGAUUCUGUAGGUUAUAAAGAUCAGGCAAUCCGCACUAGCUUGAGUGGUCCAGAGGUCACCAGCGCGUUGAGAGCUGUGGAUGGACAAUUCUUGAACAUAAUCUACGACCUUGCUGGAUUCUGGGCUUUCUAUGGAUUGAAAAACCCAGCCAUGCAACCUGACAAAAAUAGAAAAUACCCGAUACCUGGAGUUGAUUAUCGUAUCAACAUGAAGCCCAUUAAACCUCCCAAGAAGUAUGUGUUGCGCAAAGCGCCCAGCACAUACACUGCCACCGGAUCUAACAACACGUACAAUCCUGGGGUGCCAACGGUGUUGGAUAUGGGUGACACUAUCCCACUUUAA